AUGGAAGAACCAAAACCAGCGGAGUCCUCAGCCACCGAAAUCCUCACAACCCCUCCGAGCUCCGCCGAAGUCCUCCCUCCAGAACCUCCGCCGUCUUCUCUUCCUUCCAAGACGAAGAAGAGACCUCUCGAAAAUGAUGCCCAUUUCUCCAACUCAUCUACCCUCUACAAGGUUCGCGCCGUCCUCAAAGAGGUCCGUCCUCAUUUUCUCGAGGUUCUCCGGACCCCUGACUUUCGAACUUGCAAGUCAUCUGAAGAAAUUCAAGAAUACGUUAAACUUCUGAUGGAACUAUGCAAACAGAUGACGGCAGAAACAGUUUCGGCAACAAGAAGUAAGAAUGUGCCAGGUGAAAAGCCCCAAGAUACAAGGGCUUUUGUAAAACCAUCAGAAAAUAAGUUUCCAACAGGUGUAUCCAGCGAGAAGCAGCAGGCUGAAGAUGGUCAGACUCAAGGGACAUAUAUUGUCGGUGGGUCUGCUUUUGGCUGGAAUUUCAUUACCUUUGUAGGCGAAGAACCAGUCUACUAUGGAAUAACAAAGGAGUCAUUUCGAGCUAAUGGCAGCAAAGAAACAGUUCAGACUGUGGAGUAACAGAGGAGUUAUUUCGAGGUAGAGGCAGAAAAGAAGCAGUUAUGUAAUCCUACCGCUAGCAUAGACUCUGAUUGCUAGUAGAAAUUUUUAAUCCGACGCCAUUAUAUAGAAAAAGGGGGAUUUCAUUGACGAUUUGAGCAAUUGGAAUGGAUGUAAUGUUUUCAUUAGAAUGGUUUAUUCACCUUGAUUCUUCAAAAGGGAUCGGUGGAAUUUGUAAUAUUAGAAUGGAUGUAAUGAAUUGAUCAAUUGAAAUUUAUGUCAGCAAUUUUAUUCCAGAAA